UUUCGGUUCCAGUCGUCUUCAGUCUGCACGGCCGUCUCACAGAAGCACAUUACAGAUAAUGGUGUCCCACGCAGUAUUUGUGCUUCCCGUCUGCGCUCUAUUGCAAACAGCGAGUCCUACUCAUUGCAACCGUGAUCUUCAGGUGCAAGAAUCACGAAAUUUCAUAUCAGAUGCCAGAGUAAAGAGUAUUAAAGAUAUUUUGCUGUUACGCGACAAUUAUUCGGCUAACGCGCCUCAAAAUUCACUAAGCAACGUGUUACAUCACGGGUACAGACCCCACCAAGAAGACAUAAAUCGGCCGUUCAUGCAUCAACAACCUCGAAGUGAGUCAUCAAGGUACAGACCCCGCCAGCAAACACAGAGUUAUGAGAUAUACGAGAAGCCAGAUCUACCGGACAGUAACCCGCAACAGAACAUAUUCCUGCAGCCGAGUUAUGCGUGGAUUCCAGACUCAACUUCAUCCAAAAUAAACAUGAAUCUUCAGGAAAUUAGGCCUAGUAUAUCAGAAUCUAAUUUAUCGUAUUAUCCUUAUAUAAUCAUGAGAUCCCAAGAAGAUGGGAAAAAACAGAAAAUAAAAUCGUCGGUGCCAGGUGUAAAACUGGCACACCAAGGCGCUCCGACACAUUUACAAGGAAACGCGGGUGUUUCGCCGAGCUCCCACGUGUCUCGCGGCCAGUAUCUUCAGGCACUGACAUUGCUGCCCGGACAAAUUCUGGAGCAUCCACAGAUACCACAUUCAAGUGUUAUUUCAGCAUAACAGAAGCCUGGAGACUCCUUCUCUCUUACAGUUAAGUUUUUCAAUCAUUUAUAGACUGCAAGGGGUGGAAUUCAGAUGAUUGUAAAUUGCACAGAAUGUGUAAAUGGUUGUGGCCUAUUUUAAGGCACUUUUUUUUAUUUGUAGUGUU